AUGACGCCUCUGAACUCCUUGCUGCCGCUGUUCCCACCUAUCCGUCUCCGUGCGUCGAGCUCCGACUGGUUCGCCAGCCCAAAGUUUGCUCUGCCUCACGGAAGCACUCCGGUGUUCUCGUGGGCGCCGCAGCACACCGACCGUGGUUCGGUGCAGGCCUCCUUCAACCUGACAAUCUGGAGCGCAGUGGGACGCGUCGUGUGGAGUGGCGACGCGGCCUCGAGCCAGCCGCGCAUGCGCUACCCUCCCGAUGCACCACGCCUCGAGCCGGGAACUUACGUGUGGCAAGUCGCCACCCGCGAAGCCGACGGGAGGAUCUCGCCGCCCAGCGCUCCUUCCGCCCUCCACGUCGCCCUAGGGCACGGGGAGUGGGACGGCGUCCCGUGGCUCGGCUCCGCGUCGAAGAAUGUGUACAGCACGACCUUCGACUGCCCGGCCGGCGCAGUCACCUCGGUGCUCUACAUUUGUGGCCUCGGCUACUCGCGGGUCGAGCUCAACGGCCACGUCCUCAACACGCUCACGACCGCGCCGUGGACCCAAUACGCGUACGUGAACGGCUUCUCUACCCUGGACGUCAAGGACCUCCUUCUGGUCGGCGAGCCAAACCGCCUCGUCGUCUCUCUUGGUCGGGGCUGGCGCGACCGGACGGCGUUCCGCAUCCUCAAGGGCGACGACGUGGCUUCGGACGGGAAGGUCGAGCGCGUCGUGCGAGCCAAGCUAGUGGCCACGCUGAGCACCGGAGAUUCGGUCGCCCUCAGUCACACGGGUGACGGCAAGUGGCACGCCGCAGCCGGCCCGACGACGGCAGAUUCCGUCUACAAUGGCGAGGAGUACGACGCCCGCGUGGCGGAGCGGCUCGGGGACGGGCCGCACAACGCCAUCUCCCCGGAGCUGUGGUCGAAAGCGGCGCCGCUCGACGAGGGAGACGCGCCAGCGGGCGUGAUGACGGCUUGGGCGGCGCCCGCCGUCACCGUGACCGACAGCAUCGCGCCAGUCGCCCUGACCAACCCUCGCAAGGGGCUGUACGUGGCUGACUUUGGACGGAGACUGACGGGCGUGGUGCGGCUCAAUCGCAUGAUUUGCAAGGAGGGCACGCGAGUCAUCCUCCGCCACGCUGAGAUCAUGCAGCACGCCGGCCUGCCCGACGUCAAGACGGCGGAUCCGGCGAUGAUCUACGUCGGCGAGCUGCGCGGUGCGAGAGCCACCGACGUCUACACGUGCAGCGGCCGCGCGGGAGGCGAGACGUGGCAGCCGUCGCUGACGUACCACGGCUUCCGAUUCGUCGAGAUCAACGUCACGAACUCAGGGGUGCGCCCAGCCGCUGCGAUGCUGACCGCGUUGCACUUCCACUCGGGCGUCGCCCUGCGCACGCACGCGCACUUCAACUCGACGACGCUCAACCGCAUGCAGCACCUGGCCGUCUCCGCCCAACAGUCGAACCUGCAGACGAUCCCCACGGACUGCGACCAGCGCGACGAGCGGCUGGGGUGGAUGGGCGACGCCAGCCUAAGCAGCGAGUCGAUGGCGCUCAACUUCGAGAUGGCGCCCUUCUUCUCUUGGUGGGUGCGGCACGUCGUCCUCCCCGAGCAGCGGGCGGGCGCGCUGCCCGACGUGGUGCCGUUCGUUCGGUACGGCGGCAGGCCGGCCGACGUCUCCUGGUCCGCGGCGCUGCCUUCGGUGGCGCACGCCGUGUGCGACGUAUACGGCGACACAGAGACGUACCGCGAGGCGGCCAGCGCGAUCGCAGCUCUGGUCGAUGAGGUGGGAGUCGAGGCAAGGGCCGGGCUGGGCAAGAUGCGGACGCCGUAUGGGGACUGGUGCCCUCCGCCGGCGCGGAUGGGCAAGGGGCAGGGCCGCAAGCCGAGCCCUCCACUCACGUCGGCCUUCUCGUAUGCGCUCAUGGUGCAGCAGGCGGCGGAGCUCGCGCGGGCCGCUGGCAAUGCCUCCGAGGGGGCCCGCUACGCGAGUCUCGGUCGCGAGAUUGUCUCCAACUUCCACACCGCCUUCUACGUUGGCAACGGCACCUUCGACACGAGCGGCACGCAGACUGCGAACGUCCUUGGCCUCGCGUUGGGGGGUGCUCCCGACGUCGGCUUGGCCCGGCGGCGGCUCCUCUCCCUCCUCCGCGCCAGGCGGACGCACUACGACACGGGAAUUGUCGGCUUCAAGUUCCUCUUCGACGUGCUCGACCAGGCGCAGGCGCACGACGCCGCGCUCGCAGUGCUCUCGCAGACCGACUACCCAUCGAUCGGCUACUACUUUGCAAACUCCCUCGAGCCGGCGACUGCGAACCUGUGGGAGCUGCCCGACGCUCCUGCCGAGGGGACAGGGAUGAACUCACGCAACCACCAUAUGUGGAGCAGCUACUCGGCCUACCUCGUCAAGUCCGUGGCCGGCCUGCACCAGCAGGCAGGCACACACGGCUUCCAACGGCUCGAGCUGCGCCCGAGCGGCGCGUAUGCCCUCAGCGGGGCAUCCGUGACCGUCGACCUGCCCCACGGCACGGCGCGACUCAGCUGGGUCCGCUCGGGCGGGCGGCAGCACGACAAGGUGAGCGAGGGCGAGACGGCUCGCCUGUCUUGCGGCCCAUCGGGAGGUCGGAUCUCCGCCGUCUCGUUCGCUUCCUUUGGCACGCCAUCGAUCGGCUCGCCGAGCGAUUUGCCCUCCGACGGCCGUCGUUCAGACGGGUUUGAGACCGACCCAGCCUGCCACGCCCUUCGCUCCAGCCAGGCAGUCGCCGAGGCGUGCGUCGGUCGCAACUCGUGCGAGGUACCAGCAACUCGCGUCUUCUUCGGCGAGCGGGGCUCUCUCUUCUGCACGACGCGUCGCGACCCGCUCGCGAGCCCUCUGCGCCUGUGGCUGACGGUCGCGUGCGAGGUGGCCGCCGACUCGCUCCGUGUCGAGGCUGGCGUGCCUGUCGGGUCGACGGCGCGGCUCCUCCUGCCCCUCCGAGGGAUGGCAACUCCCCACCUGCGCGAAUCGGGGCGCUCAGUCUACCUCGCCACCGACCCGAGCGCAUCUAGUGCUGCUCGCAAAGCCAACAGGCUGGGCUCGGUUCAGCUCACCGAGGACGAACGCACUGGUCGCAUUCUCGCCGUCGAGUUGCCCUCGGGCCUGUUUGACUUUGACUUGUCCGACGCAGCGACCCCCCGGGCUGCGAGCAGUGCGACGGAGGCAGCGAUCAGCGUGUAG